AUGGUAAGAAAUCCCAAAGAUCAUAAUUCGGGAGAUGCUCUUGAUCCUGGGCGUAAUUUAAGGGGAAUUUUGAAUUUUCCUUCGUUAAACUUCCAGUCAAUUGCUAAGGAAUCUGGUCAUAAUCUUUCCUUUAAUGAGGAUGUUAAUCUCUGCAAUAUGAGUAUCAUGGUGCAAGAUGAUGCCUUUAAUUCUAGUGGGCCCAUGGAAUUGACUUUAGCUGAGGAAAAUGAUCCUCUUACAGCUAUGGAAGGAAAGAAAAGACAAAGGCUAUGGGGGCCGCGGGCAAAGCGGCCGGUCGCAAUGAAGGUCCUAAGUUGGAAUGUUCGUGGUUUGGGGAGACCUCGAACGGUUAGUAGGCUCAAAAACAAAAUUCGAGCCAUUAAUCCCCGAAUUUUGUUUCUUAUGGAGACAAAAUUAAAUUCAAAGCGAAUGGAAAAAGUACGUUUGAAGUGUGGUUUUGUAAAUGGCAUUGAUAUUGAUGUGAUUGGUUCUAAAUGGGGUUUAUCUCUUGGUUGGAAAGGAAAUGAGCUUGUUAGGCUUAAAAGUUAUUCUUCUUUUCAUAUUGUUGUUAAGGUGCAGGAUGCGGAGUGUGGAGAGGUUUGGCGUUUUAUCAGGUUUUAUAGAAAUCCUGAGGAAAGGAACCGAGGUCAGUCUUGGGAAUUACUCCGAAGGUUGGGCAAUGACUAUAAGCUUCCUUGGUGGUUCACGUGGAAGCGUGGGAGAUUUUUAUCGACGAACAUUAGAGAAAGUCUUGACAGAGGAGUCGCAUCACUUGAAUGGAUGUCUCUUUUUCCUUAUUACCAGUUGGAGCAUUUAAGUCAUUCGUUCUCGGAUUAUUGUCCGAUUCUAUUGGAUACUUAUGGUUGUGAUCAUGAAGAUAAACUCCAGUUCGUGGGACAACAGUUACAACAUUGGAGCAAGUUAAAAAAUAGAGAGCAAGGUUGCUCGCUGUCGGAUAUAGAGAAAUGUCUCCAAGAGCUUUAUGGCAUGGACCCUUCCGAUGAAGUUUUAAAAGAAAUUAUGGAAGUUCAACUUGACCUUAAUUUGGAGAUUGACAAGGAAGAGAUUUUUUGGGAACAACAAGCCUGGGCAAAUUGGUUGAAACAUGGUGAUCGAAAUACCAGUUUCUUUCACAAAGCCACUGUUCAGAGGUUUUAUUGUAAUCGAAUUUUGGAGUUGGAAUCCUUAAGUCCUGGGGAUGAUGUUCGUUUGUUGGAUUUGGUUGAUAAGAGAAUAUCAAGUGAAAUGAAUGAAGAGUUACUAAGGCCGUUUACGGAGGAUAAUAUCAUGUAUGCUAUUAGGUCUAUGCCGCCUUUAAAAGCGCCAGGUGUUGAUGCGUUUUCAUCAAUCUUUUUCCAAAAUUACUGGCACAUUGUUGGUCCUAAAGUAUUUCGGUACUGUUUAUCAAUCUUAAAAGGGGAGAUAGGGAUGGAGGAUAUUAAUAAAUCCCACAUUGUGUUAAUUUCAAAAGUGGAGAAACCAAAAAACCUUGCUCAAUUUAGACCCAUUAGUCUCUGUAACGUCAUUUAUAAAAUUAUUGCAAAAGUUCUAGUUGAUUGUAUGAGUCCUUUCUUAGAGGUGUGUGUUAGUGAAUCCCAAGGGGCUUUUAUUCAAGGGAGACAUAUUUCAGAUAAUGUGCUUAUUGCAUAUGAGAUUUUACAUUCUCUCAAAAUGAAGAAAAAAGGCCGAAAAGGAAAUUUUACGCUUAAACUCGAUAUGAGUAAAGCAUAUGACCGAGUCGAGUGGGAUUUUUUGGCAGGUAUGAUGAGCCGAUUGGGUUUUCAUCCUGACUGGGUUGUUCUCAUUAUGAGGUGUGUUUGCUCAGUUUCUUAUUCGGUUGGGAUAAAUGGGGAACAUGGCAAAUGGUUUUCCCUUUCGAGAGGUUUGAGGCAAGGGGAUCCUCUAAGUCCUUAUUUGUUUCUAUUUUGUGCAGAGGGGUUCUCUAUACUUCUUCAAAAUGCUAUGCAGGAAAAAUGGUUGAAGGGAGCUUCUAUAGGAAGGGAAAGGUUGUUGAUUAACCAUCUGUUUUUUGCUGAUGACUGGACUAGAGAGUUGGUGACUGGAAUUUUGGGAGUCCGAGUGGCUACAAAUCCAGAGAAUUAUCUUGGGUUGCCUAUGAUGAUUGGUAGGAAGAAGAAGUGGGCUUUUGCUCAUUUUGUGGACCGCUUCAGGAAAAGAAUCAAGGGAUGGAGUUUGCGCUAUCUAUCUACGGGAGGUAAGGAAGUUUUUAGAAAAUCAAGCAUCUGUAGUGCUUGGGAUUUGAUUAUUGAUGGACUGGUCUGGCAAAUUGGUAAUGGUAACAGUGUGAACAUCUGGAAUGACCCCUGGUUGCCUGGUCAUGAAAAUAAUAGAUUAUCAGUACAAUCUAUUAAUACCUCAUGGACUACUGUGAACCAGUUGAUCGAUUUCGAGUCUAGUACCUGGAGAAAGGAGGUAAUUCGAAGUCUGUUUGAUGAAGACCAAGCAAGGCGAAUUCUCUCAAUCCUUCUUGGUUGUCAAAGCUCUCAUGAUUUAUUGGUCUGGAAAUUCGAGGGAUCUGGGACUUACUCAGUGAAGAGCGGGCGCCUUUCAGUAGAUGUGGCUUGCCUUCUUUGUAAGGAAACCCCGGAGGAUUCUGAUCAUCUCCUUUGGAACCAGGAAUUACAAUCUAACCAGACUAGACUGAAGUCUCCUUCUAUUCCUAUGAGGAAACAGCUUUGGCGUCCCCUUGACAGUGGGAUGCUUAAAUUAAACUUCUAUGCGUCAUUCAUUAAAGAAUCUGGAUUUUCCUUUGUAGCAGUCCUUGCAACAAAUAAUGAAGGGCAAUUUAUGGGUGCGUGUACUUACCCUUAUGGAGAUGUGCUAGACGCGGUGGUAGCGGAAGCGAGAGUAUGUGAGAGGGCUUUGCUUUUUGCGGUGGAGUUAGGUUGGACAAGGAUUCUGUUGGAGGGUGACUCCCUGACUACUAUUAAGAAAUUGAACUCUAAGGAGGAGGAUAGAUUGAUACUUAGACCUAUUAUCAACAAUAUCAGAGUUCUGAGGCAACAGUUUGUAAAUGUUUCGUACUUUUUUGUGCUGAGGAUGCUUAAUUGUGUAGCGUAUACCCUGGCUUUGGAAGGUCGUCGACGACAAAUUGCAAGUUGCUGGUUUCAUGAACCUCCUGAUUCGGUUCGAAAAGUUAUGGAGAAGGAUUGGUAA